AUGUUACUCCUUGGUCUCUUCAUCUUCCUUCCACUGAUCACUUGCAAAGUAGAAGUUCGACAGGAAUUUGUCACUUCUGAACGCGUCUCCAUGCGUUUCGAAAUCAUCACAAACGAUGGUUCCCGCCCGAAUCCGAUGAACUUCAGUCUCUUCCCACGUGCUCCGAAAACCAACACAGUCCAUUUGAACACCUUCGAUUCAGCAUUCAACUACUCCAUCCAACUUCUCCAACCAUUCACAAAACAAGCAUUGGGAGAUCGAAUCUACCGACAAGUUCACUUCUCGAACAUCAAUCAGCCAUGGUUCAACGACACCUUCACUACUUCAUCUGGAAUCGUCUUGAGCAUUUCAACAAGAAUCGGAUGCACUCCUCACUACUAUGGAAGUCAAUGCGAGGUGUUUUGUGAUGGUCAUCUUGCCAAAGCAGCAAGAAAACGAUGUGAUGCCAUGGGACGUCUUCGUUGUGAUAUCGGAUGGAUGGGACCCCACUGUGGACAAGCCGUGGAUCCCCGCAAAUGCUCGUGCCAAAACAACGGAAUCUGUGCCUCCUCGAUGAUCCACUCUUUGGAUAAAAUUCAGAACAACACCGAGCAAUUGAUCUGCGAAUGCACUAAUGGAUACACCGGCAAUCACUGUGAAGUUCCUGGAUUCACUCAAUUCCAGUUCACUGCUCCACAACCAGACGCCUGCAGUGUCAAAGACGCGUGUCUUAAUGGUGCCAAAUGCUUCCCGAACGGUCCAAAAGUCUUCUGUGCGUGUGCUGUCGGUUUCAUCGGAGAAUUCUGUGAAAUCUCCCUGACCACUACAACUCCAUCAGUUGAAAUCACUGCAAGCACAUCCGACUACUCCGUCACAAUAUACUCGGUCGUAGGAAUCUUCAUCGGUCUCUGUCUUCUCAUUGGAUGCUGCAAGUACAAGUUGACUCACAGAAGAGAGCACGCACUGGCACGUGGAUUGGUCCCAGAACCGUACCCAAUGCCAGAGACAAAGUCAAUGUUGGUAGAUCAAGAAGCUUGUGAAGCCGAGAAUCAGAAGAACAAGAAGGUGUUCACAAUCGGAGACAACGUGAAGCAAGUAGAUGAGGAAGUCAGAUACACAAGUGCUCCAAGAAUUUCAAAUGACUAUGCCGUCAUUCAGAAACCCCCACCUCCGACUGUUUGUCUCCCACGAAUCCCAGUAACUUGUGUCUAUGUUUAG